UCACACAUUCCACGAAUUUACUUUUUAUAGCUCGUGUGUGGUGGUAUGCUUGUUUCCUUAAUUCGUACCACAUGCAACGUUAAUUCUUCAAUAAUUAUAUAUAUUUAGACAUCAUUUGGUAACUAUUGUCAAUCAAUGUCAAAAGUGAAUUAAAUGUACCGACACGGGUGGGGAGUAUACUCGUACAAAAUUCGAAAUAUAUCCAUAAAAAUUGUUGCUGCGUUGUUAUGCAAGCGAUCGGACGCCUCCACAUACUAUAUAGCGGCACCGGUGUGAUGUAUAGAGUGCAUGGAACUGCAGUAAACUAAAUCUAAAAAAAUAAACAACUAAACGCGUCACAUGCCGGCAACAAAGAAAGAGCAACAACAAAAAUUGAGUCGCUAAGAAUAAAUCAACAAUGUUUAGUCGUAUUUUGUUGAACAUUAAGCAUCGAUCUAAUAUUACAUUGCGCUCAUGGUCGUACCAAUGCGAGUCGAUUUUAGCUCAACGUUCACGUCGAAUCCAGCAGUUAUUUUCAUUCUACCACCGCGUAUACGGUUCAAAUGGGCUACAACGAUUGCUCCGCUCCUACCACAAACAGUUUGAACCGCCAAUAAGAGGCAUAAUGCUAAGUGCAGUGGGAGUAGUGGGUUUAAAACUCACUUCAGUAUGUGAAGCAGCUGGAUUCAAUUGGGAAAAAGAACGUUUAAGCCUUAAAAAUUUUGACCUUUGCAAGCGAGAUAUUGACUUUAUUAACCAGUUGCCAAAUAAUAAAUUAUGUUCUUUGUGCAAAGAGAAGCACAUGAAAUACUGUUAUUGCUCAGUGGGUAAUAAAAAGUGUCGAUCGCUUAAAGAUGGGCGAGAGAGUAUACGUAACUGCCAGCGUCCGCUAAAUUUACCCACAAAUCCUCCACCUUUAGGUAACAAAGUAAUAGAAGGUGUUAAUGAAAACCAGUGGGAGCCAUAUUUUAGCAAAGAUGAGUUUUCAAUUUGGCGACGGGAGGAACGAUCAGCUAUGUACUCUUAUAAGGUGUAUGCGCGCUUUGAUGAUGUCUCUGCUGAAGAUCUGCUACAUGUCCAGACAGACCUGGGAUAUCGUCGAUUAUGGGAUGAAACUGCUGUACGGCUAGAAUUAAUAGAAGAGGACCCAACACCCAAUACAAAUUCGCAUCUAAUUUAUUGGGAAAUGCAAUGGCCAAGACUUUUCUCUAACCGAGACUAUGUCUAUUGUCGUCGCUUUGUGACCGACGUCAAACUUAAUGUUAUGAUGGUAUGCAGUCUAGGUGCACAACAUGCCAAAUAUCCAGUUUACUCGAACAAAGUCCGCGUUAACGAUUACUGGAGUUUGAUGGUUAUAAAACCUUUUAAAACUUUCGGUGAACCAGGAGUGCACUACAUACUAACAUAUUACGAUGAUCCAGGACUGCCAAUUCCUCAAAAUAUUAAAUCAUGGGUGGCACAAAAACAAAUGCCAGAAUUUUUGAAAAAAAUGUACCUAGCAACGAAACAGUACUCUUUUAACCGAGCACUCGAGAUGCAACACAUAUUCAGUAUGUCGAACUUCCAACUACAAAAUCAUGAAUACUUGGCAAAUGAAUCCAGAACGAGCUGGUUUAGAAAAAUUCUUCGCACACGUGAACCAGGAACCGGAAAAUAGGCCUAAUAGCAUACAGUAGUAGUUUUCUGUUAAGAAGAAAGAAUUCCUUUGUUGGGGGGAAAGGGGCCGACAUAGCGCAGCAUAAUCCAAUCAAUUUUAGUUAUAUUAAUUACUAAAAAAACUUCUGUAAACGAAAAUAGGUUAUGUGGUUAUAGAUUUAUUACAAAAUUUUCUGUAUAUUUCUUAAGCACGGCAAAUAUUGAUUUCUAACGAGACCUUUUUAAGUUAACAUAGUAACAUAAUAAAUUGAAAAUUUUAAUUAAAAAAUGAAUCAUAUACAUGCAAUUAAUACAUUUAGUUGUACAAAGUAAAAAAAGAAAUAAAUAAAAAUUAUUACAUGCCAA